AUGUCUCUGUGCCUCCAGGAUCAGCACACAGAGAGGAAACCCCUCAACGUCUGUUUCAGAGGAACCCCUCAACGCCUGUUUCAGAGGAACCCCCCUCGACGUCUGUUUCAGAGGAACCCCUCAACGCCUGUUUCAGAGGAACCCCCCUCGACGUCUGUUUCAGAGGACCCCUGCCGUCUGUUUCAGAGGAACCCCCUCGAGCUUGUUUUCAGAGGACCCCCUCGACGUCUGUUUCAGAGGACCCCCUCGACGUCUGUUUCAGAGGACCCCCCUCGACGUCUGUUUCAGAGGACCUCCGCUCAGAACGUCUGUUUCAGAGGACCCCCUCAAUGUCUGUUUGCAGGACCCCCUAACGUCUGUUUCAGAGGAACCCUCAACGUCUGUUGUUUCAGAGGACCCCCUCAACGUCUGUUUCAGAGGAACCCCUCAAUGUCUGUUUCAGAGGACCCCCUCAACGUCUGUUUCAGAGGACCCCUCAACGUCUGUUUCAGAGGACCCCCCUCAACGUCUGUUUCAGAGGAACCCUCAACGUCUGUUUCAGAGGCCCCUCAACGUCUGUUUCAGAGGACCCCCUCAACGUUGUUUGCAGAGGACCCCCCCCCACGUCUGUUUCAGAGGAACCGCCCUCAACAGGACCCCCCUCACGCUUGUUUCAGAGGACCCCCUCCAACGUCUGUUUCAGAGGACCCCCAACGUCUGUUUCAGAGGCCCCCCUCACGUCUGUUUCAAGAGAACGCCCCAACUCUUGUUCAGAGGACCCCCUCAACGUCUGUUUCAGAUGAACCCCUCACAUCUGUUUCAGAGAAGCCCCCUCAACAGGAACCCCUCAAACGUCUGUUUCGAGGGACCCCCCGCUCAACGUCUGUUUUCAGAGGACCUCCCUCAACGUCUGUUUCAGAGGACCCCCCUAACGUCUGUUUCAGAGGACCCCGCGCCCGCAACGUCCUGUUUCAGAGGACCCCCCCGUGCACGUUGUUUACUCAGAGGACCGCCGCGUCAACGUCUGUGUUCAGAGAGAACCGCCCUCAACGUCUGUUUCAGAGGAACCCCCUCAACGUCUGUUUCAGAGGAACCCCUCAACGUCUGUUUCAGAGGACCCCCCUCAAUGUCUGUUUCAGAGGAACCCCCUCAACGUCUGUUUCAGAGGAACCCCUCAACGUCUGUUUCAUAGGACCCCCCUCAAUGUCUGUUUCAGAGGACCCCCUAGUGCACAGCAACAUGGAGGAUGAGCUAGACGGGGACUCUGGGUCAAAGGUGAGAGACUAG